UCACACUCACGUCAGACGCUCAGUCGGUGAGGCGGUUGCCUUUAGUACAGCUGCCGGCGGAGGCAGGUUGUGGUUGUGUGCGACGGGUACUCGGUGCUGUUACUGCACGGUUUCCGUGGUGAGGGCGGAUGGAGCAGGCAGUCUGACACUCAGCAGCCGGGCAUUGUCCUAGAGCGGCGCAGCAUGGGCCUCAUCUUCGCCAAGCUGUGGAACUUCUUCUGCAACCAAGAGCACAAGGUGAUCAUUGUGGGACUGGAUAAUGCGGGAAAAACAACUAUUCUCUACCAGUUCUUAAUGAGUGAAGUUGUGCACACCUCUCCAACCAUCGGAAGCAAUGUAGAAGAAAUUGUUGUGAAGAAUACUCAUUUUUUGAUGUGGGACAUUGGCGGUCAGGAAUCCCUGCGAUCGUCAUGGAACACCUACUAUUCCAACACCGAGUUUAUUAUCCUGGUUGUAGACAGCACUGACCGAGAGAGGCUCUCCAUCACAAAAGAGGAGCUCUACAGAAUGCUUGCUCAUGAAGACUUACGGAAGGCAGCGGUUCUCAUAUUCGCGAACAAACAGGACAUGAAAGGGUGCAUGACUGCGGCAGAUAUUUCUAAAUACCUCACCCUCAGCUCCAUAAAGGAUCAUCCGUGGCACAUCCAGUCCUGCUGUGCGCUCACAGGAGAGGGGUUAUGUCAAGGCCUUGAGUGGAUGACCUGCAGGACCGGAGUGAGAUAACUUGCCACCAGCAGGACAUGGGAUGCUACUUACUCUGUGAACGCGUUACGAGUACUGUCAUACAUUACAACAUCUCCAUGCUUAAUUUAUAGAAACCUCAGACCUUUCUCUGAGCCACACUUGAAUCAAGUGACGAAACAUCAGGAAAAUACCUGAAAAGUGAAUACACUACAGACAACCUCACCAAGAACAAUUUUUUUCAUAAUGUUUUAUCAAUUCAUUUGUACAACCAGAUCAAUUACCGCGCACACUGCCGUUUUACAAAUGGGAUAUAUGUAGCUUUUUGUUUGGAUGUUUUUGUUUUAGUUUUUUUUUUUUUAAAUGGUUUUUAAACAGAAUUGCUUAAUGCAGACACAGGUAACCUGUGGUUCUUAAGAAACUGUGGAGCUAUUACCCACAUGCUGGGGACAGUAGUUCCACAAUGGCAGAGGAGCCAGAUCUGCCUACCUCUGGCUUAAUGGGUCAAUUUUUUCUUGUUUUCGUGGGAAUGGAGAUACUGCAACACUCAACUGUUACUUCAGUGUGCGAUCUCUUCGUCUCAUUGACAACGCAGCACAGCAUUGUACAGAACGAAGGCUGGAAGAUUGUUUUAACUACUGUACUACUGUUUGUGAUAGCUUUUUACACAAAGGAUAUUAUUCAGUAACUCAUAGCAUUUUGGACUUUUAUUUCCAUUCUAAAAGGUGCAAUUAAAUAUCUUACUCUUAGAAAAAUUCCUAAAACGUUUUCUUUUUAAAAAAAAUGUUUGCUCUGAUUGGAGGAAAUGAUGAUACGUUGUUUUUUUUUAAUGACCUUUAUAAACUGUAUACUUUAUAUAUAACUAUUUUACAACGCUACAUCUCCUGGUGUGUUUUCCUUACUAGGCAGACAGGUCAGCUAUUUUAUUUGUUUUUUUUAUUCAUUAUGGCUAGUCUUUUACAGGAUCAUAAAUAAGCUUAUUACGUUGGAAAUAAAACGGUUUUAUGUAACUUAGAUCAUUUCUGAUGAUUUGACAUGUGAUUUGCAUCUCUGAUCUUGCAAACACAGUUAUUCAGUAUACGUCACAUCUUCACUACAAUACUUUGCCGAUAAUGUGCCAUAGUUGUAAUAUGGAAGUUCUGCAUCAUCGUCAUCUAUUUUUCUGUUUUUAUUUUAUUUCUUCCUUUUUUUUUUUUAUUGUAUUUUGCCCACAAACCCCUACUUAUAACAGGGCUGCAGUUGGCUUCAUAGAAAUUAUUGUCCUAAGCAUUUACAAACAUGUUACAAUAUUGGCCCUCAUUCCGAGUUGUUCGCUCGCAAGCUGCUUUUAGCAGCAUUGCACACGCUAAGCCGCCGCCUACUGGGAGUGAAUCUUAGCUUAUCAAAAUUGCGAACGAAAGAUUCUCAAAAUUGCGAAUAGAAAUUUCUUAGCAGUUUCUGAGUAGCUCGGAACAUACUCUGCCACUGCGAUCAGUUCAGUCAGUUUCGUUCCUGGUUUGACGUCACAAACACACCCAGCGUUCGCCCAGACACUCCCCCGUUUCUCCAGCCACUCCCGCGUUUUUCCCAGAAACGGCAGCGUUUUUUCACACACUCCCAUAAAACGGCCAGUUUCCGCCCAGAAACACCCACUUCCUGUCAAUCACAUUACGAUCACCAGAACGAAGAAAAAAACCUCGUAAUGCCGUGAGUAAAUUACCAAACUUCUUAGCAAAUUUACUUGGCGCAGUCGCAGUGCGAACAUUGCGCAUGCGCAAUUAGCGGAAAAUCGCUGUUAUGCGAAGAAAAUUACCGAGCGAACAACUCGGAAUGACCACCAUUAUUCUAUCUAGGUGGAACACCAUCCUCUAGAACAGUGGUUCUCAAACUCUGUCCUCAGGACCCCACCAGGUCACGUUUUUUCUCGCCCAGCAGGUGCACUGUGUAACACCAACUGUCACAUUUUAAUAAUCCACAGGUGACCUGGAAAACAUGAACCGUGUGGGGUCCUGAGGGCCGAGAUUGAGAACCUGUGCUCUAUAAAUCAUGAAUGAUGUGUAAUGGAGAACUGAAGGAUAAAGCUUUAUAUCAAGCUCUGUCAACAGCGAGUAGGCCAUUAAUGGUUUUAUAUAGCUUUGUUUAAAUGUGUCUAGUAUAAGGGUAAUUAGUGACGUUGUUCACAGAAGCACGUUACCAAAGCAGACAAGAGCUUGGAUUGCUGACAAUGAAUGUCUCGUCUCAUUUUCACUGGUCCCAGCUUGGUCAAGAUAGCUGUGCCCAGUGCAUCCAUCUGUUCUCAGGGGUCAGUUGUCGGAGUGUCCAUCUCUCCUCCAUGGAACUAUAGAAGAGUUUCAUAUGUGCAUACCUGUAGGGGCUGCCUGGGGCUUUACUUCCACAAAUCCCACUGGUGACAUACCCUAUCCCCUAACCUUAGAUCUGGCUUGCUAACCUAAUAUACUAGAUAUGAAUACAUUGUUCAUAUGUAAUGUACUUUUCACAAUAGAAGGAUGAUGAAGGUUGGGAGAGGGGUAUUUUGGGCCAAGCAGUGUCAAUACCUAUUAUGCUUUGUUGCCACAAUUACUGCCAUUUUGAUGCCACUCUACAACGGGAAUAAUCUACAUUCGACCAGAGAUAUUCACCAUGCAUGCCUUCUGCUACUAUGGACUUAAUAUACCAGCAUGCCAGGCCACAGUUUUCAGGGCAUCAUACAAUUGUGGCAGGGCAUGCUGGUAUGUGUAGUGCCACAGCAGCUGUAGCGCUGCAUGUUUUGAAUACCCCUGUAUUAGACGGAUACAGAGGACAAUUAUUCUUAGUGCCUUUUAAUAUAAGCAUGGUGUAUGAGCUCCGAAUGUGUAAAUGCUUCACCACUUUAUCAAUGUUUAAUUACGUGGCUUUACAUAUUUAGCAGUUCCUUUUUUUUUUUUUUUUCCUUCAGUUCUCCAUUAUACAUAUAUACACUUGUGUUUUAUUUUUUAUUAUUAUUAGUAAUCAUAAAUUUUCCUACAUUUCUAUUAAGUUUUAAUUAGGUUGCUUGGAAUUGCAAACAAAAGGUCAAUUCGCGAUUGCGGCACUUGUGCUGUGCUUUAUUUCAUAUGGUAUAAAUAAGGUGCCUGAUUGUUGCCCCAUCCCACUCACCUGAGUCGGGCAAGCUUGCUAGUUCUCUAUUCAUUUUAAAAAUGAGGAUUUGACCAUAAAGUAUUGCACAUUUUGUCAGGUUAUGACAAUUAUGUAAAACUGUAUAUAUAAAAAAAAAAAAACUUUUGAAACCAACUUCUUUUUUUUUCCUUAAGUUACAAAUAAAUAUUUAAUGCAUUUUA